AUUCGAUGCUUGAACGUCACUUCUUCAAACCAAGUCGUAUCAAUUAUUGAUAAGAGUAGUCUCUCGUUUCAUCUGCUUUGAGUUUUUUCACAAAGGAUCGCUACUCCGCAAUGGAUGCCCGCUGUUGGAUUGCCAUAUUUUGUACAGUGAGCUUAUGCAGUUUCAGUACAGCAUGGCUUUAUCCUUGCAAACGAUAUGGAUUUGGUUCCUACACUAUCAUGAAACAGUGCACUCUCGAGAAAGUUUUCAUCAACCAGGAAACUGCACUUUAUCGUGUAUUUUUUCCACCUGUCGAUCUGGCAAUCUACUCUGGAUACAUACCAAGCUUCAACGAGGCGGUUGCCGAACGUCUGAGCAACAAAACAAAACGUCUAUCGAUCAUGUUCUGUGGAGUGGAGGACGUAUUCCUGAAGGACACUUUGAAAAGCGUCGAUCUGCGUUUCAAUCUUUUAUCCAAGGUGCAGUUCCGAUCUGCGAAAGCGUUGCAAAUUUGGACACUUCAUUUGGAUUACAACCUCUUGAGAGACGCUUCGUUUGUGCAGAAUAUGGAAGCUCUUGUGAUACUAACGCUGAGCAAUAACAUAAUUAGCACGCUGAGUUGGAAUACGUUUAGGCGACUGAGGAAAUUGGUUACCCUUAAUAUUGGCGGUAACCUAAUCAAAAGCAUCGACAGUGAGGCGGAUUUCAAGUUGCCCGCUCUGAAACGCCUCGAACUCGCUGAGAAUCGAAUGGAAUAUUUCGAGCUUUCACGCCUGAACUUUCAAGCCGUCAGGGAACUUAAUGUUUCCUCUAAUCAACUGCUUUCCGUGAACAUGUUCCACUUUGGCAGAACAUUUCCGGCUUUGGAAUCGGUGGAUAUCAAUCAUAAUCCGUGGAAUUGCGGCCGAAAGCAUCGGCUGGAAGAUAGGAUGGAUCUGAAAGGCAUUCGGAACGAGAAAUCUCAGAUUCCACCGCGAAUCAGCUGCCACGAAAAUAAACUUGAAACGGUUGCUCUCACAACACCGGAAGAAGUGGACGAAAUUACCCACAAUUUCAGACAACUUGAAUAUGUCUACGCGGAUCAACUGAGCGGAAACGAGGCCAAACAACGGCUGGCGAUGGCAGAGGAAAGGAUAUCCUAUUUGAUGUACGAUUUGAAUGCGACCGACGUGGCAGUGCAGAAACUAAAACAGAAAGCAAGUCAUCUGUUCCAGCUGUACAAUUUACGAACGACGUCACGUAACUUCAAUAUGCCCAGCUGAGGGACGUGUCAAAGUGCCCUUCUCGAAAAUAAUUAUAAUAAAGAUGUAG